AUGUUCAUCUUGAUGGUAGUCCCCUUCCUUCUCAGCUAUCCACUUCUCAUGGCCAAUUACGUUGAUCCCAGGUGCUUUUGGAGAAUAAAUCUGAACGAAGUUGAGGAUAAAGAUUUGGAUGUAACUUGUUCCUUCAUUCUUGGGGCAGUUCCUUCAUCUAUGGAGAAAAGUUAUUUCAACCAGACUCUGGAUAUCCUAAAAAUCACUAAAAACCACAAAUAUGCUUUGGCAUUGGCAUUUUCAAUGGAUGAAAUCAACAGGAAUCCUGACCUUUUACCAAAUAUGUCUUUGAUUAUAAAAUACGCUUUGGGCCAUUGUGAUGGAAGAACUCUAACACCUACACCUUAUUUAUUUCAUGAAAAAAAUGAAAUGCCUAUUCCUAAUUACUUAUGUAAUGAAGAGACAAUGUGUUCAUUUCUGCUUACAGGACCCUAUUGGGAAACAUCUUAUACUUUCUGGAUAUACCUGAACACAUUUGUAUCUCCACGUUUCCUUCAGUUUGCCUAUGGACCUUUCCAUUCCAUUUUCAGUGAUGAUGAACAAUUUCCCUAUCUCUAUCAGAUGGAACCAAAGGACACAUCUCUAGCAUUGGCAAUGGUCUCCUUCAUAGUUUACUUCAACUGGAACUGGGUAGGCCUUGUCAUCUCAAAUGAUGAUCAAGGUCAACAGUUUUUCUCAGAGUUGCAAAAAGAAAGCAAAAUCAAGGAAAUUUGCUUUGCCUUUGUGAACAUGAUGUCAGGCUCUGAGAUUUCAUUCUUUGAAAAAAUUGAAAUUUACUACAAACUAAUUGUGAUGUCAUCCACAAAUGUUAUUAUCAUUUAUGGGGAAACAUACAGUAUUAUUGAAUUGGGAUUAAGAAUGUGGGAAUCUCCAGUUAUACAGAGAAUAUGGGUCACCACCAAACAAUGGAAUUUCCCUACCAGUAAGAGAGACUUAACCCAUGGCACAUUCUUUGGGACUUUUACUUUUUUACACCACCAUGGUGAGAUUUCUGGCUUUAAAAAUUUUGCAAAGACCUGGAGCCAUCUAAGAAGCUCAGAUUUAUAUUUAGUAAUGCCAGAGUGGAAGUACUUUAACUAUGAAGCCUCAGCACCUAACUGUAAAAUACUGAAGAACUAUUCAUCCAAUGCCACAUUGGAAUGGCUAAAGGAACACACAUUUGACAUGUCCUUUAGUGAUGUUAGUCAUAACAUAUACAAUGCUGUGUAUGCCAUGGCCCAUUCACUCCAUCAGGUGAAUCUGCAUCAGGUUGAUAAUCAGGCGAUAGCCAAUGGGAAAGGAGCCAGUUCUCACUGCUUGAAGAUUAAUUCCAUUCUGAGAAAGACCCACUUCAUUAAUUCUCUUGGGGACGAAGUGAUUAUGAAACAGAGAGUAAUGCUGAAGGAAGACUAUGACAUUUUUCACUUUGGGAAUCUCUCUCAACGCCUUGGGUUUAAGGUGAAGAUAGGAACUUUCAGCCCAUAUUUUCCACAUGGUCAACACAUUCACUUAUAUGGAAACAUGAUUGACUUGGCCACAGGAAGUAGAAAGAUGCCAUCCUCUGUGUGCACUGCAGAUUGUGGUCUUGGAUUUAGAAGAUUCUGGAAGGAGGGCAUGGCAGCCUGCUGUUUUGUUUGUCGCCCCUGCCCUGAAAAUGAAAUUUCUAAUGAAACAAAUAUGGACCAAUGUGUGAAUUGUCCAGAAUACCAGUAUGCCAACACAGAACACAACAAAUGCAUUCAGAAAGGUGUGAUGUUUCUAAGCUAUGAAGACACUUUGGGGAUGGCUCUUGCCUUAAUAGCCUUCUGUUUCUCUGCAUUCACAGCUUUGGUACUCUGUGUCUUUGUCAAGCACCAUGAGACUCCUAUUGUGAAGGCCAAUAACAGAAUCCUCAGCUACCUAUUACUCAUGUCACUCAUGUUCUGUUUCCUGUGCUCCUUUUUCUUCAUUGGCCAUCCUAACAGAGCGACCUGUAUCUUGCAGCAAAUCACAUUUGGAAUUGUGUUCACUGUGGCUCUUUCCACAGUUCUGGCCAAAACAAUCACUGUGGUUCUGGCUUUCAAAGACACAGACCCAGGAAGAAGGUUGAGAAACUUCCUAGUAUCUGGGACACCCAACUACAUUAUCCCCAUAUGUUCUCUAUUCCAAUGUAUUCUGUGUGCAAUAUGGCUAGCAGUUUCUCCUCCCUUCGUUGAUAUUGAUGAACACUCUGAGCAUGGCCACAUCAUCCUUUGGUGCAACAAGGGCUCAGUUACUGCAUUCUACUGUGUCCUGGGAUACUUGGCCUGCCUGGCCCUUGGAAGUUUCACAGUGGCUUUCUUGGCCAAGAAUCUCCCUGACAGAUUCAACGAGGCCAAGUUCUUGACCUUCAGCAUGCUGGUGUUCUGCAGUGUCUGGGUCACCUUCCUCCCUGUCUACCAUAGCACCAAGGGUAAGGGCAUGGUUGCUGUGGAGAUCUUCUCCAUCUUGGCAUCUAGUGCAGGGAUGCUUGGAUGCAUCUUUGCACCCAAGGUCUACAUAAUUUUAAUGAGACCAGAGAGAAAUUCUAUCCAAAAGGUUAGGGAGAAAUCAUAUCUCUGA